AUGCUUCAAUUAAGAAUGAUAAUACCCAGGCUACGGCCAAAUCAAUCUCAACUGAUUUUCCUCUCACGUCAAGCAACACCUUUCCAAUCCCCCGUCCUCCCUCGAAAUAUCCACCGAUCAAUCCAGAAAUCUCUACAGCAAGCUCAACUACGAUGCUACGCCAAACCUGCGUCGCCUCCCAAAAAGCCCGUCAAGAUAGAAGAUGAGCUGAAGCGACAAGCCAGAGCCGCUUCCAAAGAGAGCAAAGAGUUUGAGCUCCCUGAAAAGCUCAUAAUAUAUCAUGGCGGUACAGGCCGCAUCACCUUCAUGGCUAUGCUCAAAAUAACCACUCUCUUUCUGGGCGCAUUCUUCUGCUUCAUUGUCACGCCGAGUUACAUUAAGGCUGACAAGCCUGAGUGGGUGACCGCAAGUGUCGUGCUUUGUGGCAUCGUCCCCAUCAUCUUCGUCGCUUAUAUCACCUCCCCCUUCGUCACCCACAUCCACGUCCAUCUGCCCUCUUACGCCCGUACCUCGCGCCCCAUCUUGGAGCGCUUCGUCAAGACCCUGCCGCCUUCCACUCCUCUCACGCUCACCACCAUGAGCGCCAUCUCCAAGCCUCGCUACAGCAGCAUUCAGGCCGGCGAUCUGAGCCCUGUGCGACGCCGCUUCGGGCUCAUCAACUAUGUCCGUAACACAAAGGAGGAGAACGCCAAGCGUAGUUGGUACAUGUUCCGUGCCGUCGGCAAGUUCUAUAUCCAGGACAAAAAGCCGGUAACCAGGGUUCGGUAUCAAAAGAAGACAGACAAGGUCGAUGGCUGGAUAUGGGAUGCUAUCAAGGAGCGCGUUGACAAGAGGGCCCUGAAAUCUGCGUCUGCUUACAAGAACGAUGCCUCAUUUUGA